UCAUGCACAUGCGUUGUGGUAGAAUUUGAGAGGCUUGUGGCCACCGUAUGCAGCGAGGUGAGAGAGAGCUGAGACUAAGUACAUUCUGAGAGACAUCGCCAUUAUGGGGAAAAAACAGAAGAGCAAAACUGAUGACAGUGCAAAGGACGAUGCUGACCUUGAUGCUCUUGCCGCAGAGAUAGAGGGAGCUGGAGCCUCCAAGGACCAAAAAGCCAAAGGGAAAAAAAAGAAAGACAAGAAAAAGCCAGAAUUUGAUGAAGACGAUAUUCUGAAAGAGUUGGAAGAACUGUCUUUGGAAACCCAAGGAGGGAAAUCCAAUAAAGAUUCUGUACCUAAGGCAGAAACUGAAGAUCCUGACGCUUUUGACCCAAAGCAGGACAAGAAAAAGAAAAGCCACAAAGCUAAGAAAGCCAGUGUUGAUGAUGAUGACGAUAGUGAUGAAAUGGAAAGCAGAAAUACAAAGCCCAGAAAACCGGAAAAACCCCAAAAUCUGUCAGAUAGUGAUGAUGAUGAUAACGAUGAUAACUUUAAUAAGAGGUCUAAGAAAGGCAAGGGCAAAAGCGAGGCCACCAAUAAAAAAGGCCGCAUUACAGAAGAAGCUAAGGAUCAGGAUAAGGAAGAAGCAGACAUCCCUGGGGAUAGUGAUGAAGAUUCCGAUGAGUUCAGUUAUGGGAAGAAAGGCAAAAAGAAAGAACAGAAGCCUAAGCCUGCCCCUAAAGUAGAAAGUGAGGAGGAUGAAGGGGAGUUCAAAAUGAAGACAGCAGCUCAAAAGAAGGCUGAAAAGAAGGAACGUGAGCGCAAGAAAAAAGAGGAGGAUAAGGCCAAAUUGAGGAAACAAAAGGAGAAAGAGGAGAUUGAGGGUGUUAAAGAACCUGCGAAGGCUGAAGUUCCUGAAAAAAAGCCAGAAGAUGUGGCAGCUCCCCAAAAAGACAACAAAGCUGUAGUUGAAGUAGAGGCUGCAGCGGCCGCUGACAUGGAUGAAGGUAAGGAUGAUGAUGGUGAUAAAAAGAAAAAAGACAAAAAGAAGAAAAAGGGUGAGAAGGAAGAGAAACCGAAAGAUAAGAAAAAGAAGGGUCCUAGUUUAGCCACUGUGAAGGUCAUGCAGGAAGCUCUGGCUAAACUGAAGGAAGAAGAGGAGAGGCUCAAGAGAGAAGAGGAUGAGAGACUUAAAAGGCUAGAAGAGAUGGAAGCCAAGCGCCUUGAAGAGGAACGACUGGAGCAAGAAAGGAAAGAAAAGAAGAAACAAAAAGAAAAGGAAAGAAAAGAACGUUUAAAAAAGGAAGGGAAGUUGCUGACAAAAACGCAGAAGGAGGCCCGGGCGCGAGCUGUGGCUACUUUGAAUUUCCUUCAAGCACAGGGUGUUGAAGUGCCAUCUAAGGACGGUCUGCCAAGGAAGAAGCCUGUGUAUGAAGACAAAAAGAAAAAGAAGCCACAGCAGCAGACACCGACUAAAGAAGUAUCGGAGCCAAUAGAGGUGAGCUCUCCAGUAGAAGAAGUUGCCGUUGCUCCGUUGCCAGAGAAAGAGGAAACCCUGCUGCCAGCAGAGCCUGUUGAAGCAGAGGAGGAUGCUGGUGUGGAUGACUGGGAAGCCAGAGUCAGUGAUGAAGAAAAAGAGAAAGUAGACACAAAGACAGUCCACAUAGAAGUCCAGGAGAAAAAUGAAGAGGAAGAAGACGAUGAAGAGGAUGAAGAUGAGGAGGAUGAGGCAGAAAGUGACGAGGAUGAGGAGGAAGAGGACGAAGGGGAGAGUAGUGAGGAGGAGAAGUCUUCAGAUGAAAAGCCAGCAGAUCCUCAGCCCGUGGCUUCCAAAGCAGCAGAGAAAAAGCCAGUGAAAGAACAGAGUUCAGAUUCAGAGUCUGAAUCUGAUGAUGAUCGUACCAAAGAAGAGAAGGCGUAUGAUAAAGCCAAGAAGAGAAUUGAGAAACGACGUAUUGAAAACCUGAGAACUGUAAAUGUGCAAAUUCUGCGCUCACCAGUCAUAUGUGUGCUUGGCCACGUAGACACUGGAAAGACCAAAAUCCUAGACAAGCUGCGUCAUACUCAUGUACAAGAUGGUGAAGCUGGUGGAAUCACUCAGCAAAUCGGAGCAACAAAUGUCCCUCUGGACGCUUUAAAAGAGCAGACUAAAAUGGCUAAAAAUUUUGACAGGGAGAACAUGAAGAUCCCAGGAAUGCUGAUCAUUGACACUCCCGGUCACGAGUCUUUCAGUAACCUCAGGAACCGCGGAAGCUCAUUGUGUGACAUUGCCAUCCUUGUUGUGGAUAUAAUGCAUGGGCUGGAGCCACAGACUAUUGAAUCGUUAAAUUUACUGAAGAAUAAGAAGUGUCCUUUUAUCGUGGCUUUGAACAAAAUUGACAGGUUAUAUGACUGGAAGAAGAGCCCUGAGACUGACGUCGCUGCAACACUAAAGAAACAAAAGAAAAACACGAAAGAUGAGUUUGAAGAGCGUACCAAGGCCAUCAUUCUUGAAUUUGCACAGCAGGGCUUGAAUGCAGCUUUGUUUUAUGAGAAUAAAGACCCGCGCACAUUUGUGUCUUUGGUUCCUACCUCUGCUCAUAGUGGAGAUGGUAUGGGGAAUCUGAUCUGCCUUCUUGUGGAGCUCACACAGACCAUGCUUAAUAAGAGGCUGGCUCAUUCAGAAGAGCUGAGAGCCCAAGUAAUGGAGGUAAAAGCACUGCCAGGCAUGGGUACAACCAUUGAUGUCAUCCUUAUCAAUGGCCGACUAAGGGAAGGAGACACUAUUAUCGUUGCAGGUGUGGAGGGGCCAAUUGUAACACAAAUCCGUGGUCUUCUUCUGCCUCCUCCAAUGAAAGAGUUGAGAGUAAAGAACCAAUAUGAGAAACAUAAAGAAGUGCUGGCAGCUCAGGGAGUGAAGAUCCUUGGUAAGGAUUUGGAGAAAGCAUUGGCUGGUUUACCGCUGUUGGUUGCUCACAAAGAUGAUGAAAUCCCAGUCCUUAGAGAUGAGCUCAUCCAUGAGUUGAAACAGACUUUAAAUGCCAUCAAACUGGAAGAAAAGGGGGUUUAUGUGCAGGCCUCCACACUAGGCUCCUUAGAGGCUCUGCUUGAAUUCCUGAAGACCUCAGAAGUGCCAUAUGCUGGAAUUAAUAUUGGACCCGUUCAUAAAAAAGACGUUAUGAAAGCUUCUGUGAUGUUGGAACAUGAUCCUCAGUAUGCUGUGAUUUUAGCUUUUGAUGUUCGAAUUGAGAGAGAAGCUCAGGAAAUGGCGGAUAGUUUAGGUGUGCGGAUUUUUAGUGCUGAAAUUAUCUACCACUUGUUUGACGCCUUCACAAAAUACAGACAGGACUACAAGAAACAGAAGCAAGAAGAGUUCAAGCACAUAGCUGUGUUCCCAUGUAAAAUACGAAUUCUUCCUCAAUUUAUUUUUAAUUCUCGAGAUCCCAUUGUCAUGGGAGUGAUUAUAGAAGCUGGGCAAGUCAAACAAGGAACACCAAUAUGCGUACCAAGUAAAAGUUUUGUAGAUAUCGGCAUCAUAACCAGUAUUGAAAUGAACCACAAAGCUGUAGAUGUGGCAAGAAAGGGCCAAGAAAUCUGUAUUAAAAUAGAGCCUAUCCCUGGCGAGUCUCCAAAGAUGUUUGGCCGACACUUUGAAGCAACAGACCAUCUUGUUAGCAAGAUCAACCGACAAUCAAUUGAUGCUUUGAAAAACUGGUUUAGAGAUGAAAUGCAGAAAUCAGACUGGCAACUCAUAGUUGAAUUGAAAAAAGUGUUUGAAAUCAUAUAAUGCUUUUAAACGCUGGAACUCGCUUCAGAUGAUGUUCUAAUUUUGUAAAGAAAUGAAGAUCGAAGAGGGGAGAAACCAAGGAUUGAACCCGUGGUUUGGAGGAAAAA